UCAUAAUAAUAAAAAGUGUAAGUUUCGACUGGUCCCUUCCAAGAUGGCUGACAGUGCCGAUGCUAUUCACGGCAUUGCCGCAUAUUUAGGUGUAAAGUGUGGUAAAGUCACAUAUGAUGGCAAUGAGAAGAUACCUGUUAUGAAAGGAAAAACAGGAACUAGAAAAGGGUUUUCAACAAUCGUGAAGCAUCUCGCAAGAGCAGCAGAAAAUCACAAGUUGAUAGGUGUCAGUGCUCCAGAACAGGCAGUGGUGGACCAAUGGCUUGAGUACAAGACUUGUCAGUUAGACAGAUGUACAACAAAAAAUGACCUGUCUCCAGUGCUUCAGGAUUUAAAUAGCUAUCUCAUCGACAAAGUUUACUUUCUGAACCACCAGCUUUCCAUCAUCGAUCUGGCCCUGUACUAUGGACUGCAUAAUACACUGGCAAGCUUGACAUUCUUCGAAAAACAGAAGUACAUUAACUUGUCCAGGUGGUUUGAUAAUAUACAACAAGACCAGUCCAUUCGCCAGUCGUUCCAGAGGGUACAGUUCUCCAAAACAAAACUUUACUCUGGCUCUGCUCAUUGAUGUUUGCUUCUUUGUUAUUUAUUGACAAAAACAAUUUAAGAAACAUAGACAGUUAAUAGUGUUGUGAUGAAUGUUAAUAAUAAAGAUUUAAGCGCUUA